AUGUUUGAAAUUCGCCGAGAAAUGAUUGUACAGAAACCAUCUCACGAAAAGAAACAGAUGUUAACACCACAGUCGAAGGUUGUGGCGGACAAAGUAGCUAAACUUGUCCACUCCGCUGAGGCGCUUAAAGGUUCUAACUGGGUCAAUCCUGAAGACCCCAAUGUCAUUGCUGAAAACGAACUCCUUGGCGCUGCUGCUGCGAUUGAAGCGGCUGCGAGAAAACUGGCCGAGCUUAAGCCCAAGCCAAGACCUAAGGAAGCAGACGAGUCACUGAACUUUGAAGAACAAAUCUUGGAAGCUGCUAAAGCCAUCACAGCUGCAACUGUAGCACUGGUGAAAUCUGCAUCAGCCGCGCAAAGAGAACUGGUAGCGAGUGGCAGGGUGUGUUCGGCAUCCACUGAUCCCAGUGAGGAUGGCCAGUGGUCUCAAGGGCUUGUGUCUGCGGCGCGCAUGGUUGCAGCGGCCACGACGACAUUGUGUGACGCUGCUAACGCUGCUGUCCAGGGUAACGCAAGUGAGGAGAGGUUGGUCGCAGGCGCUAAACAAGUGUCAAAUUCCACCGCCCAACUGUUGCUAGCUUGUAGAGUGAAAGCUGAUUCUAACAGUGAGACGCAAAGGAGACUGCAGACUGCUGGCAAUGCCGUCAAAAGAGCUGCGGACAACUUGGUAACCGCGGCCAAGAGUGCAGCCAUCUUUGAAGAACAAGAAACCACGGUCGUUAUCAACCAGCGUUUCGUUGGUGGAAUUGCGCAAGAACUUGAGGCUCAAGAGAAGAUUCUUCGUAUCGAGAAAGAACUAGCUGCAGCAAGAAGUAAAUUGAGUCAAAUAAGACAGGCGAAAUACAGACCAGAAGACGACGACUAAACUCAAGAAAAAUGAAUCUAUGGAAUAAUUUAAUAUUUGUAAAAAUAAACCUAGGCUGCUAGUGAGUGUGACCGACAAUUACCACGAUAGAAAUUGCUCCAAAUGUUUUCAGUAUAGCUUACAUGUCUUCUGGUAAUUUUAGAUAGUAUUAGUGCAAAAUAAUGUUGGUCUUUGAUUAGUUUCUUAGGUUAAUCUUAAACUGCAUUAGAAAUGACAGAGAAAAACAGUAGUAAAUCAAGUUUAGUUUGGACUCUGGAAGAGAAUCGGUUACAUUAUUUUAAAGAUCUUCUCAAAGAGGCAGAGUGGUUGUUUGCCUCGUGGCUCUCGUUAAGAACCGAUUGGUAAAGCCUCGCUGAUAAAGAACUGCGUGACUUGCGCAAACUCGAGAACGGCCGUCGCGUGACAAGCAUAAUGCAACGGCUUGUCACAAAAUGUGUCAUUAGGAUAACUGUGACGGCAAAUGCAUAUCUAACAAAGAACUUAUACGUGUUUAAGGUGCGUAAGUCAACAUUUUUGCAGAAAUCUAUUUUUCGUUGAUAUUAUUAUAUUUUUCUGUAAUACAGAAGUUUUUGUUCUCAUUUGGUUCCUUGUAUUGCCUCUAGAUUUUGUGAAAAUAACUUUUUUCGUUUUGUAAUAUUUUGCUAUUAAAAUAAUCAGAUUACAUUACUUAAGUAUAUCCAAGACAAGGUACCGCAUACUAGACAUAUAUAUACUAGAUAAGGAGUUCUACUGGUAGUAUUGCUUUUUGUAGACCUAAGCUGACGAUGACCACGUUUUUCGGUUUUUUACUUAUUACCGGUAAGCAACAAAUUCAUUGUAAACUGUUACAUUUUCUGUGGUUUGAAAUUUAUAGAUUUCAAUCAGGAGCUUUGUAUUCUAGGACUUCUAGCUACUUCUAAGAUCAGUCAUUCAGUGUUCUGUGAUUUAAAGUUACUAGACAAAAACUGGUUUUGUGUGAAGAUAUUAUAUUGAACUAGCUUUAUGAAGUCAUUUUGUUUUGCGAUGUACAAACUAACAAACGGUAAAAAGUUAACACUUGGAAUUAUUGCCCGGUUGAGUAUUGUAGGAGCCAAGUUAUGAGUAAGAAUGUCAUGUUGUUGUCUCUCCAUGUAUUAAUCAAAUUAAAUAAUUGACUAGCGAAUAUAUACACAUUUAUCAGUUUGGAAAUAAUCUUCUUGAGAUAACGUGGAAUGCUACAAAGGAAAAUUAAAUAAUUAUUUUGCUUAAUAAAA